AGGGGAGUAUAUGGUCGAUGAAAAGACUGCGAUGUAUUGACAUCCUCGGAUUAAGGCAAACAUCGCACACGCCUCCCCUGCUCUUGUUUCUCGGCUUAAUGAAUGAUUCCCAGAGGCGGCCAAUUGUUUGCGUGGCAUGGCAGCAGAAGAUGAAGGGAUGAGCUUGGUGUAACUUUUGGAUGACCCCCCCCCCCCCCCCCCCCCUUGACAAAGACAGUCGCCAUCAAUUGUCCUCACUCUGCUUUUAUAGCAGGGGGCUUCUUCUUUGUCGCUUUUCAAAAGCUCACAUGAGGGCUGCAGAGCUUGUUGGUUGCUUUACUCUCGUUCUUUUUUAGCAUUAAAUGAGAGGAAUAAAGUGGUUUUGUUCUCUCGGGGGGGGGGGGGGGGGGUGUGUGGACCUUAAUUUUGCAGACGUGCGAGCAAGCAGAUGUCUGAAGGUUUAUUUUUCCUGCAGGAGUCUAAUUAGGGGCAUAUUUGGAGAGGAUGAAAUUGCUCUUUAGUUGUAUGUUUACCCGUGCGAGCAGCAGCGUCACCUCCAUUGGCCCGCACGGUCACAUGGUCCGCUAACUUUAUUCAGUUGACACCAAAGUAGGAGGGCUUUAUGGAGGGAGGAAAAAAGACAACUGGAGAAAAAUUAGUAUUUUCUACCUUCACAAAUUAAUGGCCAUGACUUCGUAUAUGGUGAACUCCAAAUAUGUGGACCCCAAAUUUCCUCCCUGCGAGGAAUAUUCGCAGAAUAACUACAUACCUGAGCAGGGCUCGGACUACUUCAACCCCUCGCAGGACACUGACUUUCAGCACCCGGCGAUCUACCCACGCGAGAACUACACCGAGCAAGCGUUCGGCUGCAACUCAGUGCAGGAGUCUCCGGUGCAGCCGCGGGGUCACGUCCACGACACAGCCGGCCGGUCGAGCCCCUACGGCGCACAGACAGAGCCGGGCGACUCGGCCCACGUGGCCGCAGCCAGGACGUGUGGACAGCGGAACACAAAGAGCCCGAACGGCAUCCAAGGAAAGCAGUCCGCGGUAGUUUACCCCUGGAUGAAGAAAGUGCACGUCACCACGGUGAACCCGGAUUACACAGGUUCCGAGCCCAAACGCUCGAGAACCGCUUACACGCGGCAGCAAGUUCUGGAGCUGGAGAAGGAGUUCCACUUUAACCGCUACCUGACCAGAAGGCGCCGCAUCGAGAUCGCACACACGCUUUGCCUGUCCGAGAGGCAGAUUAAAAUUUGGUUCCAGAACAGGAGGAUGAAGUGGAAGAAGGACCACAAACUGCCGAACACUAAGGGCAGGUCGGUGCCGAGCCCCGGCCACCUGCAAAGCCUCCACAAGGACAACCACAUUGACAUCACCUCCUUAUAAACAAAGAAGAAAUUCACUUGCAUCGGACUUUUUGCAUGGAGUGAACUCGUUUUUUUGUUUUGGUUUUUUUUUACUAUUUUUUAUUUAACAAAAAAAAAACAACAAAUCAGUAUUGACCUUAGCCUAAGAUAUUAAAAUAAUAAUAAAUACAUAAAUAAAUCAGUAUUUUACCGCAGAGGUCCGACAUACUUCCGGCAAACAGGCACCACCAAUUCAAGCAAACAUUUUUUUGUUUUGAUUUUGAUUUUAUUUUUUUGAUUGGGGGGCGGGGGGCUCUGUGAGGACAUCCACUUUUUGUGGAUUUAACAGUGUCGUCUGUCGCGGAUUCACGCGGUCUUAUAGGCUUAAGUAGCUUUAUUUAGCACAGGGAUGCCAUUCGUUCAAAUGACACACAUGCAAAAAAUAAAAAAAAAAAUAAAAAAAAGAAAAAGCUCCUCUCUCAGUAAUGCACAAUUCACUUGAAGGAAAAAAAAAAUUGCAAGCAGGAAAGCAACUCAUACAUUUCGUUCUUACUUCGUUACGUUUGUUUUAACUUAUUUUGUACGAUAAGAAGCAUUUUUCCUUUUAAG